CCGCAACACAGCCAUGAGGGGACGAGGUAGGCUCAUUUCACGCUAAUAUAUCAUCUUACAGACACCACACCGCCAUUUCGCCUCGAGUUGCUCAUCCCUAACGAUAAUAACUACCCGUGGACGUCACCGGUAGUUAGGGCCGUGGAAGAAACUGGCGCACAGCAGCCGUACCUGACCCUCCUGCAGAUGCAUUCUCAACCCCUGAACUGAACAGCCAGCCGGACGCCAACCUCGACUUCUACCAAGAGAACAGCUCAGAUAUGGCCGGCCAGGAUAACCACAACUCAGACAUACUUGCGUCAGAAAUGGACUUGAAGAUGGAAGGACAGGAGUCCAAUGCGAUGGUAUCCGAUAGUGAUGCCUCGAUGCAAGAGGGGGAGCAGCAGCCAGAGACCCGCAAGCGCCCUUGGGAAAAACCUGGAGGUAGGGAGGAUGGCAUCAAGGUCAAGAGAAAGAAGGUGCCAGGAGCCAAGAACCUCAAGAUCCGUAGGUACGUGCAGCCCAAGAAUGCUGUUAUGUGCCUGAAUGAGCUGCGGCCAGGCGUCACCUACACCACGGAACAGGAAGGAGGCGUUGGCCAGCCAUUUUGCAUAUCUGUCGAGGUACCUGGUGCGAUUGACGGGCAGAAGUAUCGAGGGUUUGGGUCUUCGAAGCAGUUGGCCAAGCAGGCGGCAGCUGAGGCGGCGCUCAUCAGCUUUGUGAAGCCGCCUGUCACCACUGCCGAGAACCAGGAGGAGGACAAGACCCCCUGGGCCACCCUGGCCUCCUUUGCCAUCUACAAAUUGUUCAACGACUGGCGUGAGGGCCGUGUGGGCAUGUGUCCCCCACCAUCCCAGCCCUAUGGGGCCGCCAUACCCCCUGGUAUCAAAGCCUUCCUGAACCAAUCCAUUGGCCCUGCUGCCACCACAGCCGUCAAGGAGGAGAGUCCCCAGGCAGCUGCCUUCACAGAGGCCAUCUGUGCACACCUAGGAGGCCGUGCUCCCAAUACCCCAGCUGUCGAUCCCAAGUCAACUGAACCUGUGAAAGUUCCCAAUCCGGCCAAGCAGGUCCCAGAAAGUGCGGCUGCCAUGCACCCUGUGAUGGUGCUGCACCAGAUGAAGCCAGGCCUGCAGUACAACAUUAACCAGACCACCAGGGACAACAAGCCUUUCUUCACCGUCACUGCAGACAUUGAUGGCAAGGAGUUCUCAGGCGAGGGGACGAAUGUGAAGAAAGCCAAGUUUUUCCUGGCCAAAGCAGCAAUUCUUGGCCUAUAUGGGGUAGAAUCCACGUUUGAGAUCACGGCUUAAUGGGAGUAAUGGCAGCAGUGUGCAAGACAGGCGGUCCCUCGCACACAUGGCUGUAGAGUCUGCUAAGUGAUAAUGACAGGUAGAUAGGUAGCUGCAUAGUAUUUUAACCUGAAGUCCUCCCUGUGAGUGUUUUCUUGUAUGUUGCUGCUUGCUGAUGGCAGGGAGUGUAGUGAACUGGAGGGGCAGGGCCUGAGUGGCUAACAGACACUGCUGUGGAAGGGAAGUGAUGAUCUGUACUAAACGAUGCUGUCUAAUGAAUGACGUGGAAUAUGAUUUGUUCCGUGUGUAAAUUUUUCUUCCAGUCCACAGUGUUACCUUGUAUUUUUUUCCACCCAGCUCAGUUAUUCAGUGCCAGAAUUGGAAGACUGGCACAGGACACAAGAUUCUUAUUUAUGAUUUUGAUGAACUCUAUUUCCUAUUUAUUUACUUAAUCCAUGAAGUGUGGGUGCCUCCACCAUGAAUGUAAAUCAAAUGCAGCUGAUUUUGAAAGACAGGCACAUGAGAAGAGGUUAGUCACUUGUUCCUGCUUGUGUCAGAUCACCCAGCUAGUGUUCUGCUGUGGAGUGAAGAGGAAGUGGGAGGGCUGUAGUGAUGGGACAGUGACAGACAACUCCUGCUUAACAAAAAUGAUGCUGUGCCAACUCUUGUGCUGUCUUUUAGUGCAGCUUGAAUCCAUUUGUAGUCAUCAUUACUCAACUCAUUCAUCACAUUAACACAUUUUGGCUUCCUGAUGUAAGUGGCAUCCAGGUUCCAGAUGUUUAGAUUUUUUACCCCUCUUCCUUUUAUUUAUUUUAAAGGUACCCACUCUUUAUGGGUUAAAUUGAAGCUGUAUAUUAGUUUAGCAGUCAGUCUCAGCACUUGAUAUAACAUGAGCUGGUGUUGUGAUAGGACAAGUAAGGAUGCCCUGGAACCUGGCUCUUGGUUAUGUUCUGGUGGCUUCUGUAUGGGAUAUCAGUACCUUAAUUUUUCCUCUUUCUGUAACUCCUUACACACAUUUGGCGGGAGGUGGAAUUCUGGGAUGGUCAACUGUUAAGUAUUACAAAGUGUGAUCAAAUCAGAAUAAUUAUUGAACAUUUCUCUUAAUUUCUGUGUGUGUCAGUGUUAUUAAAGCAAGAAUUCCUGUUUUUUUUCUUCCAGUUUUUGUGUACUAUUGAAAUCAAGAGGAAUUAGAAUUUUAAAUAUUGAAUGCAAUUUAUCAAGCUGAAGUGUUACUUUUGAGCUUUGAAGUAAGUGUAUUUGUGCAUGAGGUAAUCAUUUGAUCAGAGUGAAAGCAAUGAAGCAGUUUACCACACCUGUGUUGUCAUUCCUGUUCCUGUGUGUCAACCUUACCUCAGACUUGGUGAUGCUUGCCUCACUGCAUUUGAUUAUCACCAAUGCAGUUAUUUACAUUUAGCACAUUUUACUAUUUUCUCAUGAAUUCAGGAACACUGUGUCAACUUACCAAAUAGUAUAUUUGUUGAUCUAACCUUUUGUAGGCAACUUUUCCUGUAAGCAUCCAUGACAUUCUAGACACAUUUUUGUACCAGCUCUUCAGUUCUGUAGCUUAUGAAAGACUUCAUUAACUCCCUAUUCUCUCUUUUCCUUUAUGUCCAUCCCAUUAGUGUUUGCAGCACUGAACAUUGAAGGCUGAUGGCUGUCAAAUGGUUGAUUCAGUGUAUUGCAGACCCAGCAGAACAUGAUACUGGUUCCGGAGCAUCCCUAAAAAAACUACCUAAGCUACGGGUGUACACAAACCCAGGGGCCCUGAGAUUACUCUAGAGAGUGUACUUAAGUGUAGUCAUGUUUUAAGAAAUUUGUCACCUGUUUUGUAAAGACAGCAUAAGUGGAAUAUUGUUUGCUUGUAUAUCUUCUUUAUCUAGAGCUAAGGAUUGCAGUAUUUCAAUAGGUAAAGUUAUGAUGCUGAAUGUGCCAAGGAUGGUGAACUAGCUAGGAUACACUGGAGGGGUUGAGAAGAUUCCUGAUACUGCAAGUGUUGGGUGGACCCGGUGGAAUUUUUAGCUUGGCCCUUGGUGAUUUACCUUCAUUAUGUUGUGCUUUCCUUCGUUGUGCUGUUAAGGUCAGAAGUCGCGUCACAAGUUGCAUUUUCUUCUGAGCUGUGUCUUCUCAUUUCAGGCCCGCGAACUGCUGAGAAUCUAACAAAAGUCAAUUGGUUUUCGGUAGUUAAAAGGAAAGACACAUGAAGUGCUUUGACUCAAUUUCUGACCAUGACUGUAUGUACUCUCCCAUUGUAUUCCAUUGUAUACUAAAAUGGGUUUGCCUGGUUGAACACUUACUACUGUACCAUAACCAUUACACUCUGCGCCAUGA